GAAGAAGCAUGACAUCCCACCGCCUUCAAUCAAAAGUCAAGUUGAUCCGCGUGAGGGACCGCUGUGAGAAUUUUCGCUGAUUUCUUGAAUUGAUUCCACGAAAAAUUUAUAAAAUCUUGCAAAAUGCAACCACAAAUCGUUUUGUUGAAGGAAGGAACCGACACUUCCCAAGGCAAGCCGCAGUUGGUUUCGAACAUCAAUGCCUGCCAGGCGAUUGUGGACGCUGUUCGCACCACUCUGGGUCCCCGCGGUAUGGACAAGUUGAUCGUCGAUAAUGGAGGGAAGGCAACAAUUUCCAACGAUGGAGCCACAAUAAUGAAGUUGUUGGAUAUUAUUCAUCCCGCCGCCAAGACGUUGGUUGAUAUUGCCAAGUCGCAGGAUGCUGAGGUUGGUGAUGGUACCACAAGCGUUGUUUUACUUGCCGGUGAAUUCUUAAAACAAGUGAAGCCUUUCGUCGAAGAAGGUGUACACCCACGAAUUAUCAUCAAGGCUAUCCGCAAAGCCCUCACCCUAUGCAUCGAGAAAAUCAAUUCAAUGGCGGUAAAGAUUGAAAAGAGCGGCAGCAGUGAGCACCGCGCCUUGCUUGAAAAAUGCGCGGCAACAGCUAUGAAUUCAAAACUCAUUCAUCAACAAAAAGAUUUCUUCUCGAAAAUCGUCGUGGAUGCCGUGCUCUCCUUGGAUGAUCUACUCCCACUGAACAUGAUUGGCAUCAAGAAGGUCUCUGGAGGUGCCUUGGAAGACUCUCAGCUUGUUGCAGGUGUGGGUUUCAAGAAAACUUUCUCCUACGCUGGAUUUGAAAUGCAACCAAAGAAUUACAAAGAUUGCAAAAUUGCAUUGCUCAACAUUGAACUGGAAUUGAAGGCGGAGCGUGAUAAUGCUGAAAUUCGUGUCAAUAACGUAAAGGAAUACCAAAAAGUAGUUGAUGCUGAAUGGCAAAUUUUGUACGAGAAGCUGAAGAAGAUCCACGAAUCUGGAGCGAAUGUUGUCCUGUCGAAAUUGCCCAUUGGUGAUGUGGCCACCCAGUACUUCGCCGACAGAGAUAUGUUCUGUGCUGGACGUGUGCCUGAGGAAGAUCUGAAACGCACAAUGAAAGCAUGUGGUGGAGCCGUUAUGACUACAGUGAAAGAUAUCAGCCCUAGUGUUUUGGGCAAAUGUGAUGUUUUCCAAGAGGAACAGAUUGGUGGGGAAAGAUUCAACAUAUUCCAAGGAUGCCCUAACGCGAAGACUUGCACUCUCAUUAUUCGUGGUGGUUCUGAGCAAUUCCUGGAGGAGACUGAGCGAUCGUUGCACGAUGCUAUUAUGAUUGUCCGUCGUACUAUUCAGAACGAUUCAGUAGUUGCUGGUGGUGGCGCUAUUGAAAUGGAACUUUCAAAAAUGCUACGCGACUUCUCCCGGACGAUUGCUGGCAAGGAACAAUUGCUGAUUGCCGCUAUUGCAAAGGCUCUAGAAGUGAUUCCACGACAACUUUGUGAUAAUGCUGGUUUCGAUGCAACAAAUAUCCUCAACAAAUUGCGACAGAAGCACGCACAAGGAAAUUGUUGGUACGGCGUCGAUGUUUCGGCCGAACAUAUUGCAGACAACAUGGAAGCGUGUGUUUGGGAACCGUCUGUGGUGAAAAUUAAUGCCUUAACAGCAGCUUGUGAAGCCGCCUGUAUGAUCCUAUCUGUAGAUGAAACUAUUAAGGCUCCAAAGGCAGCCGGUGAAGCGCCACAAGCUGGCAGAGGAAUGGGCCGACCCAUGUAGACUUAGUCGAAUAAAUUAUAACGUAUUUCGCUACUACAUCCUAAUUUCCUUCCAAAUUAACCAGACGUUUAUGCAACGUUCAUUUAUUUUCAUGUUUUCAAAGUUACUAUUUGAUAUUUUCGUACGAGGAAUACUAAACGUAUAAAUCUCACAUUCGCGCUCGCAUUUUGUACACGUCGUAAUUGACAGAAAGCCAAUGGAAUGUAUUGUAUGCUUCGAUAGCAUAAAAGUCUUAGUUAUUUUAAUAUCAUUCUGUACUUUUAAUAUAAUUUAAUAAUCACAUAACAACGUUUAUGAUGAAAUACAUACAAUUUAUCAUACAACAA